AAAGACCAAAAAACAACGUUACAAAAAAUUAACAUUGGAAGACAAAUUAUCGGAAUGGUCUCUAGCUUGUUGGUCUCUGAUUCAUUGGUCUCUAAUUCGUUGGUCUCUACGCAAGCACAACUCCAG